AUGGUUAAUCUAGAAGUGUAUAAAAAACAAUUAGAGAAGAUUCAUCAAUAUGCACGCGAGAAUGGUAUUACAGACAUUGAAAUUGAUAAAGCUUUACAAAAUUCUUUUCAUAUUCUUGAAAAAAAGAACAGAAAAGUUAAUUUUUGUGUUCAUAUAAAACGUGUGAUUAUAAUAUUAUUUAUAAUAGUUAUGUGUUUUAUAUUUUUUGAUCAAAAGUUCUUAGCAGCAGUAUUACUGAGGAAUUUACAGAAUUCCAUUUAUCCAGGUUUAAAAUUAUUUAGAAAAAUAGCUGUACCAAUAAUUCAACAGCAUCCUUCCUUAUCUGAAUUAUAUGAUGAAUGGUGCAUAUUAGAAAAUCCAUAUUUUUAUGUAAACGAUAUGGAUUGUUGGCCAUGUAGUGUUGUACAUUUUGUACCUGACUUAAGUGGUCACCACAUAUCUAGAUCAUUUAAUCCUGGAAUUCCUUACAUAAAGACAGAAAAUUUUUCUGAAGUUCAUAUGGAAAAUAUACAACAAUUAUUAUGGCAAAAUUUGGAAAUAUUUGAAAAAGAUGCUAUGAAAGUAUUAUCUAACAAUAUAACUUACAGAAAUAUUCGAGACAUUAUGGAAAAAAAGAUGGAUUUAAAUUUUUCCAAAAAUUUAAAUAAUCAUAUUACAUGGAGGAUUAAUCGCAUAACAGCAGGAAGAAUUUUAAGAAAAUUAUUUCCAAAUCCUGUUGAUACACCUAACUGGUGGGAACAAAGUACAGAAAAAUUUAUUUUCUUUGAUGAAUCGAAAUCUCCAUCUUAUACAUUACCAAAUCCUGAAUGUAGUAAUGUAAUAAUAAGAUGUACAACUGGUACAAGAUUGAUAAAAAUGAUUGCAAGCCCAGAAUGUAUUGCAUCUUGUGAAUCCUUCACAGUAUUACUAUCUGCCGGUAAAACUUUAUGGUAUAAUUGGUGGUACUGGCGACCAGUUAGUCUUCCAGCUUUAAAUGCAACUAGUAUUACCAUUACCUAUAUGACUUCAUUCUGCUGA